AUCCGUAAAACGCCAUCCUGUCCUUUACUCCUUCACGGAGAAAGCUCUCUGCGCAACAGAUCUCGACGCAGAAAAUGUUGAUGAUGAUGAUCCAACCAGCCGUCGCCAGCGCCGGCACGGGAACCGGCACCUGCACCCGUCGGUUUGCCUACUCCGGCGGCUUACGCCUACCUUGGAAAGCAUUUCGGACAUUAAAUGAGGGUUCUUUCGAGAGGAGGGGCAAUAUCUUGAAGAAUAGAGUUCAAGCAUCUGCGGAGCAUUCGGGGUUGGAUUCGGACCCUAUGGAGCACAAUGGGAAGCCGCAGUAUCACCCAUUUGAGGAAAUUGGGGAGUCUGCAGUUGUGGACAGUAGAAAUGCUACACUUACACCAGCGGAAACUACUCGAACAAUUAUAGAGGUAAAUAGCAAAGCGACACUAAUGUUUUCCAGUUUGGUCAAUGGGGAAGCUCAUGAAAAUAUUUUCUGGCCCGGGUUGCCUUAUGUAACUGAUGAGCAUGGAAAUAUUUACUUCAAGGUGAAUAAUGAUGAAGAUAUAAUGCAAAGCCUAACGUCAGAGAAUAACUUUGUGCAAGUCAUAAUAGGCUUCGAUACAAUGGAAAUGUUCAACAAGAUGGAGUUAUCGAGGCCUUCUGAAAUCAAUUUUGGUCUUGAGGAAAUUGAAGAUGAAGAUAGUGACUUUGACAAUAACAAUGAGGAGGAUGAUGAUGAUGAUGAUGAUGAGGAUGAAGAUGAAGAUGAGAAUUAUGAAAAGGAUUGGGUUUCCAUCCUUGAAGAUGAAGGUGAUGAGGAAGAUUCUGAUGCAAACCUUGGAGACUGGGCCAAAUUGGAGACCAUGCGUUCUUCUCAUCCAAUGUAUUUUGCCAAGAAGCUGGUUGAGGUUGUGGCAGGUGAUCCUAUUGAUUGGAUGGGCCAGGCUUCUGUGGGUCUCACUAUCCAAGGCCUUUUAACACCUGCAUAUAUUGAUGAGCACUCAAGCAUCCUUAAGCAUAUAUCUGGUCAUCAUUCGAGUACAGAAGGGGAAAAUCAGGCUGGGAAUUUUAUUGAAGAAAAAGUGGAAGAUCUUGGCAUGAUUAAUGGUCAUACGCAUGAGUCAGGGUUGUCUGAAAAUGGUUCAACCUGGGCUGAUGAACUGGAGCCUGAUGAAAACCUCAGAAGUGGAACUUCAUUUUACAAACUGGAAAUGAUUAAAAUACAGCUGGUUUCAGCUGAUGGACAUCAGACUGCUGUUGAAGUAGAAGAUUUCUGGAAAGCUCGUCCUGAUGUUAUUGCUCAUUCAGCACCCAAAAUUAUAACUCAACUGAAUGCUGGUGAAGAAAAAACCCUGCAAGCCCUUAAAUCUCUCUGUUGGAGAUGCAAGGGUAUUCAAGUGGAGGAGGCGACGCUCAUUGGUGUAGAUGCCCUUGGUUUUGACUUGAGAGUCUGCUCAGAGACACAAGUCCAGACAUUGCGGUUUGCAUUUAAUACACGGAUACAUACUUAUUGGUCAUGCUUAAGUGGCUUUUUAGUUGUCUUACGUCAAGAUGAAUGAAAUGCUGAGUGCAUUUUGAAGACCUGGCCUUUUAAACUUCUGGCAUGGGGUGCAAAUUAUCUGGUGACUAUUGAUUCCCAAAUAUAUAUGCAGUGUUGUUUUCAAGCAUUAAAUUUAGGAAAGAGAUCCUCCAGAGUUGCUCUACUGGGAGUUUGUUGAAUCUGAACCAUCUAACUGUUUUCAAGAGAGGAUCUGUAGAUGAGAGAGAGAGAGAGGUAUCUUCCACAAAACUUCAUGCAUGAGCAACUCUAGAGGAUCUUUAGAUUUAUUGGUGGCAUAACGUUUCCGUCAAGGGUGUCCCAUUGAGGUAUAUCUUCCAUGUAGUUUCAUUGGAAUGCAAUGUGAAAGCAUUGGUCAUCUGCUUUUCCUAGAAUCACUAGGAAGGAUCAUUACAAUUCACGUCUAAAUUGGAAAGUACUCUUUUCUUGACUUACUGUGCCUUCAUCUUUUUAAGCCAUAUUAGUAUGGUUCAACCAGUUUCACUUGCCACCUAUAUCCUGUAUGGAAAUUACACUUCUAGGUUGAUUUGUUUUCAUUGCUAUUCAUAGGAUUAGAUGUUAUAAUGUAGAACUUGUGAUGUUAAAUGAUAAAUGUAUAAUGAAACAUUUUAAAGAAGAAAAUGUUCCCCUGACAAAUAUUUCUUUUAUUCUUAUUCCUCCUUUUGCUUUUUUUUUCAUUUUCAUUUUCAUAUUUGUUUUUAUUUUUGAUUUUUUAUGCUGACUUUAUUAUCAUUGAUUAAAUUGGAGUCACUAGGACUGCAUUCCUCAUGUGAAGUGCCAAGAACCUAGUAUAUGAGGAGCAAUUGAGGAAAAACUCUUUGGCUGAUUAUACUGUCCCUUUUCCCAACUCGUAUUUGAACUUUGCAGGCAACAUCAGAGUAUAGUGCUGAGAGACAGCUUCAUGACCUACUUUUCCCGAGGAUUCAACACAAGCCGCAAAAACAGCAGCAAACUCACAAAAAGGAAUGCUAACAUGUUUUGAACCCCUCAGUCUAGUUAACACUGCACGGUGUUGCUGUACUUUGAGCUGUGAACUGAACAUUGCACGUAAAAAAUUUGCUGCAGUCCCCAUGUUACUUGUAAGUUUAAACCGAAACCAAAAUUAUGUCACCUAGUUGCUUUGCCUUACAUUCUUUUUUUGAUAUAUGACUCAAAAGUGCUGGCUUUAUUUUCUUAA